AUGGCGACCAAGUUUGUAGUAGCUGUGGCGUUGUUGGCCUUGUGCCGCGCCAACCCCGUCCUCAUAAACGGUGUAGAAUACCGUGACGGACGCGCCUACUCCAUCGGGCAGGCGAGCAGCUACGGCGGCGGCGUGAGCACCGCACAAGCCAACGCCAACGGCAACGUGGCGCAGGCGUUCGGCAGCUCGAGCGGCGGCGCGGGGCUGGCGCGCAACGGCUACGUGUACCCCGGACAGGCCAUCGCACAGGCACAGACCUACGACGCGCCGCCCUUCCCCGACACCGCCGCGUAUGGCGGCGCCAAGGCCGUCGCGCAGGCGCACAACGGCGCCUACUACCCCGUGCCCGCGCCUGCCGCCGUCAUCACCUACCAGCAGAACUUCGAGGUGCCCGCUGAGGUGGCCUCCCUGUCCUCCGCCCAGUCCAACGGCGACGGCAUCGCCCAGUCCUCCGCCAACACCCAGGGCGGCAUCGGCAACUACGUGACCUCCUCCAACGCCAAGACCCAGGGCUCCGGCUCCGCCGACUCCAACGCGCGCUCCGGCUAUGGCUCCACCAGCACCUCCGCCAAGACUCAGGGCCAGGGCUCCGCCGAGUCCUCCGCGCAGACCAACGGUGCCGCCGGCAUCGUGUACCCCGCCGUCCCCGCCGUGCAAGCCGAUGAGCCCGCAGCCGUCAUCGACGCCAAGUCUCCCCUCUUCUACACCCAAUACGUCGCCACACCCGUCCAGGGCAUCGCCUCCUCCAACGCGAACGUGAUCGGCUCCGGCAACGCCGCCUCCUCGGCUAAGAUCGGCCACGCCGCCGGCAGGACCAUCUCCUGGCGCUUCGGCACCCUGUACGACAGCCCCGCCUCUGCCCAGGCGCAGGCCAACACUCACUCCGGCUACGGCGCCGCCAGGUCUGGCGCCAAUACCCACGGCUACGGCUCCGCCAACGCCAACGCUGACGUGAACGGCUACGGCUCCGCCAAGUCAGUCGCCGACAGCCACGCGGCCGGCGGCCACGCCCAGUCAACCGCCAACUCGCACGGCGCCGGCGUCGCCAAGGCCGCCGCCAACGUGAACGCCGCCGGGUACGGGCUCGCGCGCUCGGACCUGCAGGGCCAGUACUACGGCGGCUCCCGCAGCUCCGCCAACGCGCACACGCACGGCUACGGCAGCGCCGCCUCCUCCGCCAGGACUCACGGCGCCGCGCUCAGGGUCACCAACUCUCAGGCCAACUCCUCCGGCUUCGGAUCCGCACAGGCCAACGCUGUGUCUGUUCAGCCGUGUCCUCUGAGCGGUCGAGAUCUGAGCAUUGUAAACAUGGCGACCAAGUUUGUAGUAGCUGUGGCGAUGUUGGCCUUGUGCCGCGCCAACCCCGUCCUCAUAAACGGUGUAGAAUACCGUGACGGACGCGCCUACUCCAUCGGGCAGGCGAGCAGCUACGGCGGCGGCGUGAGCACCGCACAAGCUAACGCCAACGGCAACGCGGCGCAGGCGUUCGGCAGCUCGAGCGGCGGCGCGGGGCUCGCGCGCAACGGCUACGUGUACCCCGGACAGGCCAUCGCACAGGCGCAGACCUACGACGCGCCGCCCUUCCCCGACACCGCCGCGUAUGGCGGCGCCAAGGCCGUCGCGCAGGCGCACAACGGCGCCUACUACCCCGUGCCCGCGCCCGCCGCCGUCAUCACCUACCAGCAGAACUUCGAGGUGCCCGCUGAGGUGGCCUCCCUGUCCUCCGCCCAGUCCAACGGCGACGGCAUCGCCCAGUCCUCUGCCAACACCCAGGGCGGCAUCGGCAGCUACUUGACCUCCUCCAACGCCAAGACCCAGGGCUCCGGCUCCGCCGACUCCAACGCGCGCUCCGGCUACGGCUCCACCAGCACCUCCGCCAAGACUCAGGGCCAGGGCUCCGCCGAGUCCUCCGCGCAGACCAACGGUGCCGCCGGCAUCGUGUACCCCGCCGUCCCCGCCGUGCAAGCCGACGAGCACGCAGCCGUCAUCGACGCCAAGUCUCCCCUCUUCUACACCCAAUACGUCGCCACACCCGUCCAGAGCAUCGCCUCCUCCAACGCGAACGUGAUCGGCUCCGGCAACGCCGCCUCCUCGGCUAAGAUCGGCCACGCCGCCGGCAGGACCAUCUCCUGGCGCUUCGGCACCCUGUACGACAGCCCCGCCUCCGCCCAGGCGCAGGCCAACACUCACUCCGGCUACGGCGCCGCCAGGUCUGGCGCCAACACCCACGGCUACGGCUCCGCCAACGCCAACGCUGACGUGAACGGCUACGGCUCCGCCAAGUCAGUCGCCGACAGCCACGCGGCCGGCGGCCACGCCCAGUCAACCGCCAACUCGCACGGCGCCGGCGUCGCCAAGGCCGCCGCCAACGUGAACGCCGCCGGGUACGGGCUCGCGCGCUCGGACCUGCAGGGCCAGUACUACGGCGGCUCCCGCAGCUCCGCCAACGCGCACACGCACGGCUACGGCAGCGCCGCCUCCUCCGCCAGGACUCACGGCGCCGCGCUCAGGGUCACCAACUCUCAGGCCAACUCCUCCGGCUUCGGAUCCGCACAGGCCAACGCUGUGUCUGUGUGAGUGAGUCAGCGAGCACCGCACAGCAACCACAUCACGACGACUACUCAACACGAACUAAACUUGUCUUGAUGUAUUUGCGAGGUGCAACCAUUGCAUUUAUUAGUCAUUAUUAAAUUAUGUAUUUAUUUAUGAAAGAAAAUCAUUUUUAAAUAUAAAAAAUCUUUGAAAAUGA